AUGCCGGACCGCGCAUGCGCCUUCGGCAGCGUCGCGCGCGCCCUGUCGCGUAGCCGGCGCUACGUGUGCGCCCGGGACGCGGACGCAAGCCGCUGACGGAGGAGGCCUUUUAACUACGGCCUCUCCAUCGAAGAAAAAAAUGAAAAUGAUGAAAACUCAUUAAGCAGUUCCUCCGACAGCAGUGAAGACAAGGAUGAAAAAAUAAGUGAAGAAUGUGAUAUUGAAGAAAAGACUGAAGUGAAAGAAGAACCGGAGCUUCAAACCAAAAGGGAAAUGGAAGAAAGAACAGUAACUCUAGAAAUCCCUGAAGUUCUGAAGAGGCAGCUGGAGGAUGAUUGUUACUACAUUAAUCGGAGGAAACGGUUAGUGCAACUUCCAUGCCACACCAACAUCAUAACGAUUUUGGAAUCCUAUGUGAAGCAUUUUGCUAUCAGUGCAGCCUUUUCAGCCAAUGAGAGGCCUCGUCACCAUCACGCUAUGCCACAUGCCAGCAUGAACGUGCCUUAUAUCCCAGCAGAAAAGAAUGUUGACCUUUGUAAGGAGAUGGUGGAUGGAUUAAGAAUAACCUUUGAUUACACUCUCCCGUUGGUUUUACUCUAUCCCUAUGAACAAGCUCAGUAUAAAAAGGUGACUGCAUCUAAGGUUUUUCUUGCAAUUAAGGAAAGUGCCACAAAUACUAAUAGGAGCCAGGAGACGCUCUCUCCCAGCUUACGUUUGUUGAAUCCAUCCAGGCCGCAGUCUGCAGAGAGUCAGUCGACCAGCGGUGAACCAGCCACCCCCAAAAGGCGCAAAGCCGAGCCGCAAGCAGUGCAGUCUCUGAGGCGGUCCUCGCCCCACACCGCCAACUGUGACAGGCUUUCUAAGAGCAGCACCUCACCUCAGCCCAAGCGCUGGCAGCAGGACAUGUCCACCAGUGUGCCCAAGCUGUUCCUGCACCUGGAAAAGAAGACACCUGUGCAUAGCAGAUCAUCUUCACCUACUCCUCUGACUCCUAGCCAGGAAGGGAGUCCUGUGUUUGCUGGCUUUGAAGGGAGAAGAACUAAUGAAAUAAAUGAGGUCCUCUCCUGGAAGCUCGUACCUGACAAUUACCCACCAGGUGACCAGCCACCUCCACCCUCUUACAUUUACGGGGCGCAACAUUUGCUGCGAUUGUUUGUCAAACUUCCAGAAAUUCUUGGAAAAAUGUCCUUUACUGAGAAGAAUCUGAAGGCUUUAUUGAAGCACUUUGAUCUCUUUGUGAGGUUUUUAGCAGAAUACCACGAUGACUUCUUCCCAGAGUCAGCUUACGUCGCUGCCUCUGAGGUGCAUUACAGCACCAGGAACCCCCAGGCAGUCAAUAAGUGUUGAUGGUUCUGUAAGAACAACUGCUCCAUCUAGCAUGGUGUUCUGAGUUCCAGGUAAAAAAUUAACAAGGUGGUGGGUUUUUAUCCAGAGCACAAAGCAAAGUGCCCACCAGGGGGCUUUGACAGAGGUGUGCCCUGUUGUUUGAGUUCCCCAUGUACUGUAGUUACUCUGUUUAGAAUUAUUUCCUAGGUGCCUGAAAGUGUUCUGACAUGACACUUGCUACUUUGUAGGCCAUCUGUGAUGGCAGGUAAAAAGCAACUGUGUUCACAGUGAAAUGUUCAUGGAAGUGUACAUAGGUUAGGCCAUUUCAGCAGACAUUGCAGUUAGUCAGCAAGAACCACAUUGUUUCGUUAUUUGUUAGCAUUAAACAAAAAUUUUUUUGCAAAUUGGUUUCAUUCUCUUGAUGAAGCUGAGCAACUGUCCAACAAGGUUUAGUUUGUACUUGAAAACUGCAAAGUAGUCUCAAAGUAUUUUAGAGGGAAUCCAUAUUGAUGGCAAAAGAAAAUUUGCAGCUAUAAUUUGCUUCUGACGGUUCCUUCUCUGUGAAACAUUAUUUUUGGUGAUCUAAAGAAAGCAUUGCCUUUCUUGUUUGCAAUUUUACAGCUAUACUUUUUUGUGUAAUGUUAUGGUUCCCUUUCUGUAACAUGUUCUUUUUGGUGAUCUAAAUAAAGCCUCUCUUGUUUGAAAAAAAAAA